AUGUUAAAUACACUUUUAAAUAUCACAACAUCCUAUAAACCUUCGGAAUGUAAAGAGAAAAAUAUUUUAAAUAAUAAGGUUUGUUUUAAAGAUAAAUAUAAUAAAGAAGAAGAAGAUAAUCGAAAAAAAAGUGCAAAUAAUUUUAAUAUUAAUAUUACAGAUAAUAAUAAUGAAAAAAAUAAUAAUAAUAGUUCACCAACUAUUCCCAAUUCAAUAAAAAGUAAUUUAGAUAGCAAUGUUAAUUAUAAUAACAUGCAAAACGGACACUUCGAAAAAUCGAGUAAUAGUACCAAAUGCAUGGCUUAUAAUUUACAAGCUAAAGAGGUUAAUAAUACGACAGGUACUGAUAAUAGUAAUAAUAAUUGUGAUGAUAAUACAAAUAAAAAUGAGGCGUUAAAUAAGUUUGAAAACAAGGAAAAUGAUACUAUAAUGAGCAUGACUUUGUCAGGUAAAAAUAGUGCAGUGGACUUUGAAAAGAAUAGUAAUAAUAAUAGCAUUAAUGACAAUGCUAUUAUUAAUAGUAACAGAAAUAAUAACAUUGGUGAUUUGAAAAAUUCUGAGAAUGUUAAUAAUUCACAAGAUAAUCAUAAUAAUUUGAUUAAAAAUCAUGAACUUGUUAAUAAUUCAAAUUUUACGAUUCAAGAUACAUCAAGUACUUGUAAUGUAAAUGAAAGUUUUGCAGUUGCUACUGCCAAUAAUACAUCUUCAUCUCUCCAUAAGGAAGGUAAUAAUAACAAUUGUAGUAGCAAUAGUGAGGUAAUAUCAGAGGUGGAUUGCAGUCAAGGGACUGUAAAAAACGCAUCUAGCGUUGCCAUUUCCUCCGAUAUAUUGCCUAAGCCUAGUAAUGAUUAUAAUAAAAUUGAAAACAGUGAUGAAAAAUGUGAUAAUGCAAAUAAUAAUAGUCAUAAUAAUCAAGAAUCGAAAAUAAAUCAAUUUAGUGAAAGUAAAAAAAAUAGUGAGUCCAAUGUUAAUGACAAAAUAAACAAUUGCACUAGUAGUAAUAAUAAUGCCGGAGAAAAUAAUGACAAUAAAAAUAGUUAUGGAAAUAGCUCAGGAAAUCAUAAUAACAAUAACAAUAAUAAAGGAGGGUCUGGGAAUAGGUCAGGAAAUAAUAACAACACAAGUAACAGUAAUGGUGGUGGAAGUGGUACUGAUCCCAAUGGAAAUGAUAAUAAGGAUGACAAUAAUGAAAAAGAUAAGGACAAAAAUAAUAAUAACAAUAUAAAUGAUAGUAAUAGUAAUAAUAAUGAUAAAAUAAAGAAAAAAGAAAAUAAUAAUAAAAAUGGAGAUCCAAAUGCAAAAAAAACUAAUAAAAAUGUAAACGGUAAUGAUAAUAAUGAAAGCAAAAAAUCGAACACAAAAUCUUUGAUAAGUAACACAAAUAGUAGUAGUACAAUUUCUGGAAGCUCACUAAAUGCUGAUGCACCUGAGUUUGUACCAUCUACUAAAUCUGGACAAGGUAAUUUACAAUUUAAUAAUUUAAUGUGGGGUAAUUAUUAUCAUGAUAUUCCAAAUAAUUCGUUUGCUAAUAUGCAAAAUGUUAAUUUGAUGAAUAUGAAUGGAUUAGGAACUAAUAAUAACAUUAUGAUUCAAAACCCAUUAAUAGAUAAUAUGGGAAAUAUAAAUAAUGAUACAACAGGUAAUAAUUUAUUAGGAAUUCAAAAUUCUAGUAAUAAUAAUAACAAUAAUAAUGCUGGUACAGUUAUUGAUUCAAAUUUAAAUGGAUAUGGUAAUAAGGCUGGUGGUAUUGCAGGUUCAAAUUCUGUUAAUAAAAAUAAUACAAGUAGUGUAAAUGCUAAUACAGCUCUUGGCGGUCAAUUUAAUGGUGUAGAUGGGAAUGAAAAAUUUACUGACAAAAGUAGUAAUACAACUCCUAUAUCUGGAAAUAAUUCCAAAGUAAAUAAUAAUAAUAUUCAUAGUAUUAAUACAGAAGAUGGUAAUAAAAGUUUAGGAGGAACAGGGCCCAUAGAUUCAACAUAUUUAAAUCAUAAUAUGUUAGAAGGAGGAAAAAAUUUAAGGCCUAAUAAUUUUAUGAAUAGUUCAGAAAAUGCAAACGGAUUUGAUAAUGCAGAUAUGCAUAACACAAAUAAUAAUAAUAGUAAUAAUAAUAAUGCACAUCAAAAUUUUCCUGGUAAUAAUUCAAUGAUGCAUCAUCAUCCACAUCAUCAUAAUUUUUAUUUAAAUCCUCCAUAUUUAAUUAAUAAUCACCCAAAUGGUUUAUCGGGACAUCAAACUAUUUUUACUUCAAUACCUUAUGGAGGUGGAGGAGUUGCUGCUGCAAAUAAUGGUGACAUACAUCAUGAACUAUCUUUUCCGCAACCUCCAGUUUAUAAUCAUUUUGGUAAUAAUUCAAUGAAUGGUCAAAAAAAUGCAAACUUAAAUAUGAACCCAUAUAAUUUUAUAUCUUGUGGUAUACCCGGUGCAGGACCAUUAGGCACAGGGGGACCUAUAAAUAUGGCUGGUCAUCAUCAUAUGGAUCCUCAUUUUUUAAACAGUACUGAUAAUGUUCCAAUGAAAUUACCUUAUAAUCAUAUGGGCCAAACAAACAGAAGAAAUAGUAUGUUUGCUCAUUUUGGUAGUAAUGUUAAUUUACAUGGUCCUAAUAAUAUUAAUGAGAAUAAUUAUGAUAUAAAUUCAAAUAAUAAUAAUAUGAAUCCGUUACUUUCUGCUAACAUAGGAGGACCAGGAUAUGUUUUCAAUUCUUCUUAUAAUUCUAUGCAACCUGGUGUUAUGCGAUUAAACACAGAUGGCACUAGCUCAACAGCUACUAAUAAUACACCUAAUAAUGCAAAUAAUAAUGCAAACACGAAUAGUGCAAAUAAUAAUUCAGCUGCUAGUGGUAGUAAUAAUACAGGUAGUUUAAAUACUAGCGGAAGUGUUAUGGGUCUAAACAAUCCCAUCAUUAAUCCAGGAGUAAAUGUUCCUAUUCCUCAUCACCAUAUAGAUAAUAUAAAUAACCCAAUGCAUAUGAAUGGCAUGCAUAUGAAUCACGGGCUUUUGAUGAACAAUGCAAAUAUGAGUAAUAUGCAUAACAUGGGUAAUCAUGUUCCUAUGGGUAAUGUAGGGACUAUGGGUGCUGGUAUUGUAGGACUUGUUGGUGUUGGUGGUAUGGGAGGAAUGAAUGCUACUGGAAAUAUGGCUAAACAACCGAAACGGCAAAGUGUAUAUAGUGAUAGAAAUGCAGGAAUGAAUAAUAAUAGUAAUAAUAAUGCUGAAAAUGUCGGAGCAAAUAAUAAUACGACUGGUAGUGGUGCAAAUAAUAAACAAUAUAAUAAUAAUUACAAAGAAAAUAAAAAUGCUAUGAAAAAUAAUAUGGGUAAUGGAAAUGAAGCAUUAAAUAAUUAUAAUUAUGGAAUGAAACAUGAAAAUAAUAAAAAAAAUAGUAAUAGAUAUAAUUUGAUGAAUAAUACAGGUGAUAAUUUUAAUACUAACUAUAAUUACAAUGGAAGUAAUACAAUGAAAAAUAAUCCAGCUAAUGCAAAAGGUUCAUAUAAUAAUAAAGGAGGAAAAGAAGAAUCAAAUAAUUUAGCAGGAGGUAAUAAUUUUUAUAAUAGGAAUGGUACAAAUACUUCUACUACUGGAGCCGGAGGUUCUAUAACAACUCCAACUGGAAGUACUACUAAUAAUGCUAAUACAUCUAAUGAUAACAAUAAAGAAUCAGGAGCAUCUGGAGAUGCACCAAAUGAUUCCCCAGCUGAUUUAAACGAAAGUAAUAAUACAAAAUCGAAUAAUAAUAAAGAUAAUUUCCAAUAUGGAAAUUAUAAAGGAAAAAAUAAUUAUUAUUUAAAUAGUUCAAAUGAUAAAAAUAGUAAAGGACAUAGUAAUACUGCAUCAAAUCAAAAUUCUGCUACCACUAGUAACAAUAAAGAGGAUUAUAAAAGUGGUAGAAAUUAUGGAAGCAACAAAAUUGGUGACGAUAAAAGUGGAGGCAAUGCAUCUAAAAAAGAUGCAGGAAAGGAAAACACAAAUAAUAAUAAUAACAGUGGUAGAUAUGGAAAACAAGGUGAUAAUUGGACUAAAAAAGGAUAUGGCACAAAUAGUAGCAACACGUCUAAUAAUGUCAAUUCAAGAGCCAAUACUAGUACAACCAAACAUGGAAGUUAUUCGAAUAGUAAAUAUAAUACGGGUUCUGAUCGACGAAAUAGUAAUACUAGGUAUGAUGAAGGGGGUAAUAAAACAGACAAAUUAGGCUACAAAACAAAUGAUAAAAAAGGAAAACCUGAAGAAGAUAAACAUAGUAAGGAAAACAGAAGCAAUAGUAAUAGCAAUAUAGGAAUAAAUAAUAACCAAAUUAAUGAAAGUGGAAAUAAAAACUCUAAUACGAAUCCAAAUAACGAAGAAAAUAAUAAAGUAGGAUAUAAUAAUUUAAAGAAUGUAAAGAAUGGUGAUAAAAAGAAUAUGGAAUUUUCAUCAUGGGUAAAAAUAGCUAAAAUGAAUCCUAAUAGUAAAAAGAAAAAUGAAAAAGUAAAUGCAUCAAGUUCACAAACAGAUAAUGCAACAGCUUCUGCAAAAAAUGGAAAUACAGAUGAUACAAAUCAUAAUUAUAGUAAUAGUCGAAACUAUAAUAAAGGAGCUGGAUAUGGAAAAGGAUCACAUGGAGAACCAUCACAAGUAAAUGAAGAAAAUGAAGCCUCAUUAGGAUCUCCAAAUAAAGAAUCUAAAAAAAAUACUGAAAUGAAAGAAGAUUCCAAAAAAGAAUCACAUAUAUUAAAUAGUGCAAGUAACACAAACCAACGUUAUGAUAGUAAUAGUAAAGGAUUGAAAAAGAGUAGUGGUAUUGAUGAUAAAGUAAAUGGAAAUAUAAAAGGAAAAACAAUUGGAAGCUAUUCGGGAAGUAGUAAAAAUUAUAUGAGCGAAGAAAAUCGCAAUAAAGAUUCGAAUAGAUCAAAGGGUGUUGAUAAUAAACAUAAAAGUAGUAAUAGUAAUAAUAUGAAUACAAACAAUAGUAGUAAUAAAAAAAUAGAUUAUAAUGAUAAAAAAAAUAUUUCAAAUAAUUUAAAUACAAAUAAUAAUAGCUAUUCACAUAGACAACGAGAAAAAUUAAAAAUAAAAAAUGUUGAGAUAAAACAAAUAGGAGAAAAAAUAGUUCCAAAUGUCUCAUCCUCUUCUGUUAGAAAUAGUAGUAUUGGUCAUAAUGAAAAUGAAGAUAAAAAGGAUGUUGAAAAAAACAAAAAUAAUAAUACCCAUACUAGUGACAAUGUAAAUGAAAAAAAAGAAACUGACGAAGUUACAAAGGAUGAAAUAAAACAAACUGCUAAUGUAAAUGACAAAAAUUAUAGCGAUGAGGAAAAUGCAGAUAAUAAAGAUUUAACAAAAAAAAAUGAAACUACCAAUGUUAAUAGUAAUGUAAAUAAGAAUAAAGAAAAUGGAAAAGAUGAACAAGUUAAUGGUCAAACAAAUAAUUUCGAUGAUAGCGCAAAGGGAAAAAAAAGCAGUAUAUUUAGUCAAAGUAAAAGUCCUUAUAAAUAUGGAGCAGAAGGAGAAUAUAAUCCCAAUACAUCUAACGAAAAUAAUAAUAAAACAGGAUCUAAUAAUAAUAAAGGAAGUUUAUGGAAUGGAAAAAUAUCUUUUGCUGAAAUGGCAAAACGUCGACCUAAAAAAGAUUCAAAAGAUAUUUCAAAAGAAUGGAGUGGUAAUAAUAGGUCAGGUCAAACUGACAAAAAGGGAAGUAGUUUCAACAAAAAUGGAAAGGGAUUAAGAAGAACUGAUGAUGGUUAUACAAAACAAGACCAAAAUAGUAAUGCUGCUUAUGAUGAAAAAAGUGAAAUAAAUGAUGAGGAAUUAAUAAAAGAAGAUGAUAAUGAUGGAGUAAAGAGAGAAGAUGAAAUUGAGAAUGUAGAAGGCGAAGAAAAAAUCGAUAUCAAUAAAAAUGGAGAUGAUGUCGAAACUUCUAAUGAGCUAGCAAAUGACGGAAAAGAAAUAAUAAGUGCAUCUAAUAAAGAUGCAGAAAAUAGAACCACUGAAGAGGUUGAUGGUGAAGAAACGAAAGAAAACAAAGCUAACACUGCUGAUGAUAAAAUAGCUAUGAAUGCUAGUGAAGAUGUAAUUAGUGGUAAGACUAAUGAUGAUGAAAAGGAUGGAGAAAGUAAAUUGAACAAUAAAGAAAAAGAAAAAACAGAAGAAUUAGAUUCUGGAAAAUCUAAAAAAAAUGAUGAUGAAAGUGAAAAUAAAAAUGUAGGAUCAGAUAUGAAUGGUGACAAGCUAAAUGAUGAAAAUUUGUUAGAUCCAAAACAAAAAGAAAAACAAAAAAAAAUCGAAAAAUGGCAAGCAGAAAAAAGAUUUACAAAAAUUGAUUUAUUAGAAAUUUAUUUAGGGCAUAAUUGGAGUUUAGGAGGUGAAAAUUUUAAUUUUGUUUUAUCCCAAGACAAUACAACAGAUACACAUUAUAAAGGAAAUAAUUACAUGCACAAUAAUAUGAAUUCCAAUGAUGAUAAUAAUAACAGUUCAAACAUGAAUAACAUGCAUAUAAAUGAUACAAAAAAUGUAAAUACUUAUAAUAAUAAGAGAUAUAGUCAUUCAGGAUAUAACCAUGGAAAUAAUAUGAGCAACGCUCAAAUGAAUCAAUACAAUAUUCAUAAUUCAGGAGGAAAUAAUGCUAAUAAUAUGGGAGGUAAUAAUAAUUAUGAUAAAAAUAUGCAAGGUAAUCAAAAUUCGAAUAGUGGUAAAGGUGGUGAUGAUGGAUGGCGACAUUCCUUUUCUAAAAAUAUGCAAAAUAAUAUGCAUAUGAAUAGUGGAAAUAAUAAUAUGAAUUAUAUGGAUGGAAAUCAUAAUGAUCCUAAUAAUAUGAAUGGAAAUAAUAAUAAUGGAAAUCAAGGAGGAAAAGGUAAUAACUUUGAAUGGAGAAAAGGAGAUGGGGAUAAAUUAAAAGGAUUCUUUGAUUCAACAAGAGCAGUUGAAUCACCAGAUGCAUGGAGAAAUAAUAAUGCAGGACAACAAAAUGGUAGUGGAAAUAAUUCUAAACCUACUAUGUCUGAAAAUAGUUGGUUAGUAAAACAGAGUCAACUAAAAGCUGAUAAAUAUACAUGCUUAAUGAGAAAAUUAAGAGGUAUUUUAAAUAAGCUAACAUUUGAAAAAUUUGAUUUAUUGUAUGAACAAAUAAUAUUAGUAGAUAUAUCAAAACUUGAAGAAAUAAUUGGAUUAAUGAAAUUAGUUUUUGAAAAAGCUGUAACUCAACAUCAUUUUGUACAAAUGUAUGUACAAUUAUGUAAAAAAUUAAAUAUACAUUUUCAUAGUAUGAAAUUAGAAGAUGGAUCUGUUGUUCAAUUUAAAAAGAUUUUAAUAAAUCAAUGUCAAGAUAGUUUUGAAAAUAAUUUAAAACCUAUAGAAUUUCCAAGUCAUUUAAAUGAAGAUGAGAAAUUUGAAUUUGAACAAAUGCAUAAAAAUAAAGUAAGAGGAAAUAUGUUAUUUGUUGGUGAACUAGUUAAAUCUGGAAUUAUUUCUAUACCUAUUGUUUUUGUAUGUAUUAAUCAAUUGCUAGAAAAGAGAGAUAGUUAUAUAUCUCAAAAGAAUGACACUAACGAAGGAAAUCUUCAUUUAGAAGCAUUAUGUAUGUUUUUAAAUACAGUUGGUGAAAUAUUAGAUACUCAUGAAAAAUCAAAUCAAGAAGAAGUUAAAAAUUUAUACAAUAAAUUAAAUGAAAUUGUAAAUGAUGAAAGUAUAUUAUUCCGUGUUAGAUGUUUAAUUAAAGAUGUUAUUGAUAAUAGAAAUGAAAAAUGGAAUAAAAAGUUUGCUCAUAAAUUAGAAGGUCCAACAACAUUAAGUGUAUUACAUGAUAAGAUAUUAAAAGAAACAAUUGAUCAAAAUAAUCGAAUAUUUUCUGGUAAUAACUCAGGUAAUUAUCAUGACAAUAAAAUGAAUAGUAGCUUAAAUAAUAUGCGAAAUAAUUUACUUAGAAAUUCUAAUUAUGGCAUGAAUAAUAAUAGUGGAAAUAUUAAUAAUAAUAUUCCAUAUGGAAUGAACAAUCAAAUGAAUAUGAGAGGUAUGGGAAAUACAGGAAUGAAAAAUAUGGAUCAAAAUAAAAAUAUGAAAAAAAUGUCAAUAAAUAUUAUAAAAAAUAAAAAUGCAUCUUCUAAAAUGAUGAGUGAUGAUAUGAAAUUUGGGCAAAAUGCUGGAACUCAUUUUGGUGAAGGAUCUGGAGCAUUUGGUGCUGACAAUAAUACUGGUGGUAAUUAUUAUGAAAAUAAUUCAAAAAAUAAUAUGUCAUAUAAAAAUCAAGGAUUUAUAGGAAACGACAAUAAUAAUAAUAAUAACUCAGGUACUGGUGGUAGUUCAUCAAACACUCCUAAUAAUAAUGCAAAUUCCAAUAAUGGACUUUUUGGCAAUAUAGGUUCAAUGUUUACGAAUAAAGAAACUAAAAAUGAGGGUAAUUUCUUUUCAAGAGUUUUUAGCUUGAAAAAAAAUCAAAAGAAUAAUGCAGCCAGUGGUGGAGCACAAGAUCCAUCAUUUAGAGGUGCAGAUGUGAAUACAAAUAAAACUAAUGAAAAUAAUAUGAAUGGGGUUGAAAAUCAAAAUAAUAAAGAUACAAAUAAAGCAAAUACAAAUGAGAAUGAACAAAAUGAUUAUUCCUAUGUUGAAGAUUAUCUACCUAAAAUUAAUGAACUAAUGGAAUUAUCUACAAAUAUAAAUGAAUGGGAUGAAUUAACAAAAAAAUUUGAGGAAUUAAAUAUUCCAUUGAAAUAUAAUGAAAAGUUACAAAAUACCAUUUUAAAAUUAACUUUAAAAAAAUAUGCAUGCAAUAAAUAUUUAGAAAGAAGUGAAAGUUACUUUAAUUGGUUAAUUGCAACAGCUUUGGCAAAUAAAAUAGAUUUAGUAUCAUUUAAAUCAUGUUGGAAAUCUUUCUUUUUAGAAACUGAUGAAAAUAGUUAUGAAUAUACAAAAGAAGAUUAUCCAUUAUUGCCAUUCUUAGCUAAAAAUUUUAUAAAAGCAGUUGAACUUCAUGACACUAAUCAUAUUCUUUAUGAUGUAGAUUCAUUGAAUGAGAUCAAAAAUGUUGUAUAA